AUGUUCAUAUGGCAAAUAGCUUUGUUUGAUAUAACAUCUCUGAAUAAAAUGACUUUUUUUUUUCAGCUGCAGUUUUUCUACAAAGAGGGAGAAGAUCCAAAUACUCCACCAUCAAUCAAGAAUGAGGAUUUUGAUGAAGAAGAUUACUAUGAGUCACAAAUUGUCUCAUUUAUUCAAGAAUUUGUCAAUAAUUCAGAAAUUGAUUUUAACAAAGUACGUUCAUUUGCAAAUUUUUUAUCAUCAAUCGAUAUUAAUUCACUGAAAAAUCCUAAUAUAUUUGCAAAAGAAGGAUUUUUCAUUAAAUUAAUUGAAUUUACGAUGCAAAAUGAGGAAAUAGAUCAAUAUAUUCUUCAAAUUCUAGGAAUUAUUUCCAAAAUAGAAGUUGUAGCUAAUGAAAUCCAUGAAAAUUCCCUACUUUCACACUUAUUUUCUUUAGUUUCAAAACAAAAUGAUCGAGAAAAUUUAAAUGCGCUCCUUGCAAUCAUCGAAAAUGUUCUAACUUACAUAAAUAAUAUCGAUAAGUUCUAUCUUGCUUCACAAGAUUUUGAUUUUUUACCGAUAUCCAUAUUUCCAUUGCAAUGUUUGAAGUUUCUAACAACUAUAUCAAAGAAUGCUAUUGGGUAUACAUCAUGUGUAAAGAUAAUUAACAAAUCUUUGUCAGUUUCCACUGUAAAUUACGAAAUUGGAUAUUUUUAUAUGUGGAUUUCUUAUUAUAUCGUAAGAAACAACAGGAAAUACAUAGAUACAUGUAUGUCUGUCAUAGAAUUCCAAUCAAAUCCAACACUUUUGCCAAAAUGUUUCAAAUUCGUUGAUUUAAACCAUCCUGAAAUCGUUACGCCAUAUCUACAGCUAAUGAUUCUUCUUAUUAAAACAGAUAUUGAACCAAACAUAGUUACUCAAUUUAUAAAUUUAGAUUUUCUCUUGGAAAUCUUCAAUGUCGAAGAUUCUAGAGUCAUAUUAACUUCUCAACUCUUGUUUUGGUUAAUAGAUAGAUCAUUGCUUGAUGAAAAUUUCAUUUCUGACUCAAGAUUUAUUAAUUUGUUAUUUGAAAUCUUCGAAAAUGCAAAUUUAAGAGUCAAGGUAUGCGCCAUUAAAAUAAUUCACCAUUGUCUAAUUAAAUUACCUCCAGAUUUUGCUGUUCAGACGAUUUUGUCUGUUGGUAGUUCAAUUGCUGAAUUUGCAGAACUGAAUCCAGAUGGAGAUAUCCUCCCAUUCGAAACCAUUGAUAUUUUGCUAGAAAAAUCAUCAUUUUCACAGGAAAUCAGAAAUCUUAUUGAAUGUCUUAACGAAAAUGAUUAUUCUGAAACACUUGAAGAAUAUUUAGACUCAGUUGAGGAUGAAAAUGUCUCUAACAUUGUCUCUUGCUACCUAGAACAUUAUCAAAAGAUUAUUCAAUCAUUAGAAGAAGGAAACACAUAA